AUGCGAAUAAAAAAAUAUCAUUAUAAAAUGAGUAAUGCUAAACAUUAUUGUAAAUAUUGUAAUAUUUUCGUUCAAAAUAAUAUUUCAAUAAAGAACCACGAAGAAGGAUGGAAACAUAAAAACAAUGUAACUAAAUAUAUAUCGAAUCAAAAUAGAGAGAAAAAGAAUCAGGAAAGAGAACAAAAGAACCAAGAAAGAGAAAUUAAAAAGAUUAUAGAUUCAGGUUCAAAAGCAUUUAGAGAAAAGGAUCUUAGUAGAGUUUUAGAUGAAAAAAAGAGACAGCAAAUAGAGCAACAACAGCAACAACAGCAAGCAGCCUAUUAUCAACAAUAUUACCAACAACAACAACAACAACAACACCAAGACCCUCAACAAGCAGCAUAUUAUCAAUAUUAUAACCAACAACAACAACAACAACAACAACAGGAGAAAAAGAAUCAAGAAAAGGGGGAAACAGAGGAAGAUGACUUAGAUUUAAAAACUGAUGACGAGAAAUUGGAGGCUAUAAAAAGACAACAGAGAGAAUAUAUAAAUAAAAAUGACUAUUAUAAUUAUUAUCAAGAAAGACAGCAACACAUAUAUGAUUUUUAUAAAGAAGAGGAAAAAAUUGUAAAGCCAGAGCCACCAAUAAAUAAAAGUCUAUAUGGUUAUACCGAUUCACCACCCCCCUCAAUUAGAUCAUCUGUAUCUUCAACUGUUACAACCUCAUCUACUGAUACUUCGACUUCAUCUGCCAACAAUUCACCAAAUAGUUUAAAUCAAAAGAAAAGAAAAAAAGAUGAAUGUGACUCACCAACCCCAUUAAAGAUAUCCAGGGAAAACAGGAAUAUUAAUUCAAAUGGCAACGAUAGUGAAAAUAAUAAAGCAGCAGAAGAAGAAGAUAAAAAAGAGGACGAGGAAGAGGAUAAUGAAGGUAAAGAGGAGCAAGAAGAGCAAGAGGAGCAAGAGGAGGAAGAAGAGGAGGAAGUUGAUCCAAACGAAAGUAUUGUUGGUCAAUGGGAAACAGUAGCCCCCCAAGAGAGUGUAUUUCAAUCAGAUAAAAGAUUUGCAGAAGAGGAUGAGGACGAUCAAGACAAUACAGGUAAUAAUGGUAAAGAUGAUGAUGAUAAAAAUUACUCUGAUCCUUCAGAUGUAGAUAGCGAAGAAGAGGAAGUCAAUAUUACCAGAAGAGCGUUUGCUAAUCAAAAAAAACCUUUAUCUAAUGUAAUCUCACCAACAAUUCCAUCAACUUCAAAAUCAUUCGAAAAUAAAUUAUCAUUUAAUAAAUCAGGUGUAUUCUCAAUUAACUUGGGUAAUGGUGGCAAUAAUAAUAAUAAUAAUACUACAGAAACCACAACAACUUCUACAUCACCAGAAAAGCCCGCUCAACCAAUACAAUUAAAAUUUAAUAAACCAUUAAAACAAAGAAAUAUAAGAAAAACAAAUGUAGAGGAUAAACAAGCUUAA